AUGUCGUCGGUUUUCGAGCCAAAAGUGGCAAGAGAGGGCGCCGCGACUGUGCAAAGAUUGCUCGAUGAAAAUGGACAGCUAAUCGAGGGAAUCAAGGAGCAACAAAACCUCGGUCGUGCCGAUGAAGCCCUAAAAAGACAGCAGCUUCUUCACCGGAAUCUGAUCUACUUGGCCAAACUGGUGCCGGAGCAGAAUUUCCUGGGCGACCUUGAGGCUGAUGAAGCGCCAGCAACGAACGGUGAUGCAGCCCAUAACGGGACGCCGCCUGUAGCAGUACAAGGACCAUCCAGUCAACCACACACCCCUGCACAAAUUCAGCAGGCGAACACUCCACAGCCUCGGGCGUCUCCAAAUGCUCCUCAACCUUCACCAGGGCAAGCCGCUAUGCAAGGACAACCGCCCCAGAAUCCCUACUAUCCCGGCGGGCAACCGUCGCCAGGGCAGCGAUAUCCGCCACAUGGACAGCCGAUGCAUCCUUACCCACAAAUGAUGAUGCAGCAACAACACCCAGGAAUGCCUCAACAUCCGGGCCAGCCUAUGCCUCAUCAAAUGGGUCACCCGACCCUGACGGUACCUCAGGGGCAUCCGAUGCAAGGACAGCCCUCACCAUCUCAACAAGGGCAAAUGCCGACUCACUACUAUCCCCAGGGCCCGCCGCAGCCCGGAUACCCUGGGAUGGGCCCACCACCUCAGCACAUGAUGCAGCAUCCACAGGCGAGCGGCGCACCACCGGCCGGCUACCCACCGAUGGGCUAUGGAUAUCCUGGAGCACCCGGACACCCCAACCCUGGCUCUUCGCAACCCUCGACGUGCAAGAAGUCGGGGAAAUCGGCGCUCCCGCGCGGAACGCUGUGCUGGGACUCUGAUCUCUCCGACUUUUCCGACGUCCCGGACGCAAUUCACCACGUCUUCAACUCGUCCGAGCUGUCCAGCUAUCGCACCAGCAGCGACUUGGAUUCGUCGGACAACUCGAACGCCACGUCUUACGGGAUUCCGGCGCUUGGCGAGAUGGCCGCUGACGGCAGUUUGCCCGCGAUGCACCUCGGCCAGCGGUUCCCAGAGCUUUGUCGCGAGAUGGUCGCCAACGAGAAGCCCUUCGUUCGCAAGAUUCGUCGUGGGCGCCGAGGCAAGUCGGCCCCUCCCCGUCUUCCCCGGCGUUUGGGCUUCGGCAACUCGGGAAGCCGUCGUCAGCGCUGGGCGAAGGCUUGGAUUGAGCACCGCCGUCGCCACCCCUACGCCAAGGUCCAGAUGGUCGAGGCACCCCGCAAAAUGCCGGAUGGACUGACGGAAUCGAUCAAAGAGAAGAUGACCGCCCUGGCCACCUCGAUCCGCGACAGCCUUCACUUC